AUCAUCAAAGUUAAGUUUGUUGAAAAGAAAAAGAAGAAAAACAAGUUUUAGUUAAAAGCAAAUAAAUAAAAAAAGAAAUGGCAAAGAACCUCAACUCCGUCAGCUUCACCGUUGUCUUGCUUGUCCUCGUGAUGGCUUCAACCGGAAUCCUCAAGAGCGAGGCUAAAGACUGUCCUGGUGGAUGUUCUCCACGUGUGUUCCUCGACGAGUGCCCCGAGGCGCAUGGAACUACACAUAGUGAAUGCUGCAUCUGUUGUGUAAACAAAUACGGGAGUCCUCCAGUCUGUUGGGCGGCUAUUGAGGGAACGGACCAGCAUUGCCAUUGCUACAAAAAGUUGGUUUGAAUUUGAAAUAACCUCAGCUGAUUACCUAGUGUGACUUUUAUCCAUUUGUUGUGAGAGGACAUGACAUGUGUGUAUGUUUAUGUUCAAGUUUCUUUUGCUUCCAAAUAAAAACAUCAAGAGCAAAGCUUAUCAUUGCUUGUCCCGCCAGGUGUAAUCUCAUGUUCUGUGUACUUUUGUUUCGUU